AUGCUGAACACAGAAAAGAAGCCUGCCACUAUUAUUUGCAUCGGUAUGGCCGGGUCUGGUAAGACCACGUUCAUGCAGAGACUAAAUGCUCACCUCCAUGAAAAGAAGAACCCACCAUAUGUUCUUAACCUAGAUCCAGCCGUUCUUAAAACUCCAUAUAGCCCAAACAUCGAUAUCCGUGACUCUGUCAAUUACAAGAAGGUUAUGCAAGAGUAUGGAUUGGGUCCAAACGGUGCUAUUGUCACAUCUCUUAACUUGUUUUCCACCAAGGUUGAUCAGGUCAUUAAGCUCGUGGAUUCCAAGGGCGAGAAGAUUAAGAAUGUCAUUGUCGAUACGCCUGGCCAGAUCGAGUGUUUCGUGUGGUCCGCUUCUGGUGCUAUCAUCACGGAAUCUUUUGCAUCUACAUUCCCAACUGUGAUUGCUUACAUUGUGGAUACUCCUAGAAAUACAUCUCCAACUACAUUCAUGUCCAACAUGUUGUAUGCUUGUUCCAUUCUUUACAAGACCAAGUUGCCAAUGAUUGUGGUCUUCAACAAGACUGAUGUGCAAAAGGCAGAUUUCGCUGUCGAAUGGAUGCAAGACUUUGAGGCUUUCCAAAUGUCCAUGAUGAAAGAUAAGGAAUUGAAUGGUGAUGAUGGCACAUCUUCUGGGUACAUGGGUAGCUUGGUCAAUUCUAUGUCUCUCAUGUUGGAGGAGUUUUAUUCUCAAUUGGAUGUCCUGUCGUGCAGUGCAUACACCGGCGAAGGCUUCGAUGAUUUCAUGGAAGCUGUUGACAGAAAGGUUGACGAAUACCACGAAUUCUACGAAGCUGAGAGGGAUAGAAUCUUGAAGGAAAAAGAAGAGAAGGAGAAGAACAGAAAGACCGAGUCAUUAAACAAGCUCAUGAAAGAUAUGGAUAUCAAAAAGGAUGGCCAACCUAAGGAUUCGGAAGUUCUUUCAGACUAUGAAGAAGAGGAGGAUGACAACAAUGGUGAAGUGGACAGAGAUUCUGAGGACGAGGCCGAGAGACAAUAUACCUUCCCAGAAGACAGAAACGCAGAAGUCAACGAGAACACUGAUGCUGACUUACAGGCUCGCUACCAAGCGGCUUUCGAGGAUACAGCCAAGGAUGCAUCCUCGAAGACGGCGGAAAGUAUUGCCAACUACAUAAGGCAGUAG